AUCCCCAUUUUACAGAUGCAGAAACAGACUCAGAGAGGUUGAGUAAUUUACUCAAAGUCACACAGCUAGAGCAGGGCCGAGGAGUAUGAGGCUGAAGACCCAGAGAGAACAGCUUUGCAAGGACAGACAGGUUAUUCAGUGCAUUGGAUCACAAGAGGAAGAAUUAAUUCUGCCUGGAAGAUCAUGGAACUUCAUGAUUGUGUGAUAAAGGGUUCAUCGUAGGGCAGGGAGAAAGGUACACCUGGGAUGGCGUGAGCACUCCCCCCGUGAUGGACCCCUCUGUGACGCUGUGGCAGUUUCUGCUGCAGCUGUUGAGAGAACAAGGCAACGGCCACAUUAUCUCCUGGACCUCACGGGAUGGCGGUGAGUUCAAGCUGGUGGAUGCCGAGGAGGUGGCCCGGCUGUGGGGACUGCGCAAGAACAAGACCAACAUGAAUUAUGACAAGCUCAGCCGGGCUUUGCGGUACUACUAUGAUAAGAACAUCAUCCGCAAAGUGAGUGGCCAGAAGUUCGUCUACAAGUUUGUGUCCUAUCCCGAGGUCGCAGGGUGCUCCACUGAGGACUGUUCGCCCCAGCCUGAGGUGUCUGUCACCUCCACUGUGGCAAAUGUGGCCCCCGCUGCUGCACAUGCUGUCCCCGGGGACACUGCCUCUGGGAAGCCAGGCACACCCAAGGGUGCAGGAAUGGCAGGCCCAGGUGCCUUGGCUCGAAGCAGCCGGAACGAGUACAUGCGCUCAGGCCUCUAUUCCACCUUCACCAUCCAGUCCCUGCAGCCACAGCUACCGCUGCCCCUGCAUCCAAGGUCCAUCUCAGUGCUUUCCAACACCGCCCCAGCAGGAGCCGCAGCGCCCCCCUCGGGGAGCAGGAGCACCAGUCCAAGCCCAUUGGAGGCCUGCCUAGAGUCUGAGGAAGCUGGCCUACCUCUGCAGGUCAUUCUGACCCCGCCUGAGGCCCUGAACCUUAAAUCAGAAGAAGCGAAUGUGGAGCCCUGCUUGGGUCGGCCACAGCCCCCAGAAGUGAAAGUGGAAGAGCCCGAGGAAGAGCCCCACACCGCAGCCAGUGGGGAGGCGGGGUAUGCACCGGAAGCCCCGAGGGCCGGGCGGGAAGUCCCUCCUGCAGAGGGCGCAUCUGCCCGGCAUCCUGCGGUUGUUAUGGAGACUGCAGGGCCGGUAGGGGGCCUCGGGGCGUCCACAGCUUCCUGCACGGAGAUCGCCCAGCCUCAGAAGGGCCGCAAGCCCCGGGACCUGGAGCUCCCACUCAGCCCUAGCCUGCUAGGUGGGCCAGGGCCCGAAAGGACUCCAGGAUCGGCCACUGGCUCCGGUCUGCAGGCACCCGGGCCAGCGCUGACGCCAUCCCUGCUGCCUACGCACACAUUGACCCCGGUGCUGCUGACGCCCAGCUCGCUGCCCCCCAGCAUUCACUUCUGGAGCACCCUGAGUCCCAUUGUACCCCGUAGCCCGGCCAAGCUCUCCUUCCAGUUUCCAUCCAGUGGCAGCGCCCAGGUGCACAUCCCCUCCAUCAGCGUGGAUGGCCUCUCAACCCCCGUGGUGCUCUCCCCAGGGCCCCAGAAGCCAUGACUACCACCGCCACCACCGCCACCACCCCUUGCUGGGGUAACUUAUGCCCUGAACUUCUCUCCAGCCAGCCGUCUCAAGGAGAAACAUAGCUCAGCUGACAGACUUGUGCUGAGGUCAGGGUGGGGUGGGGAUUCUUAGGAAGAAGGAUGUCUCAAUGAUUCUUCCACAGAAAACAGUUUCUCUCUUCUUGGUCAGUCCCCCAGUGGCCGCCCUUACACGUCUCCUACCGCAGUGGUCGGGGGGCGGUUUAUUUAUUUAUUUUUUGAAGGCCACUGGGAGGAGCCUGGCCCAACUUUUUGGCGGGGGGAGUGGUGAGGACAUCUCCCCCAGCUCCACAUUUUCCUCCCAAGAUGAGACAAUCAGGUUCUGGCUUGAGAAGGACCUUUAUUUAUUUCUCAGCCUGCCCUUGGGAAGCUGAGGGAGCCCUGUCUCCAUUUUGGGGUGUGGAUAGAAGAGCUAGCUUGUUGCGGUUUCUUAUUUCUAGCUGUCCCCAAGGGUCCAGGAAGAAUUUGUGCCAUUAAAUGGUUUGGGAGUCUUGACCAAGUCAGACUCACACCCUUGGGAGAGGGAUUCCCAACCCCACCCCCAGCCUUUUUCUCAGACAGCCUGUCCUUUGUCAGCCACCUUUUUGGCUGGGGGCAAAUGCCCCUUUUCUUCUGUCCCUGAGAAGCCAUUCCUGUGUCUGCCAAAUUCCUGGGGUCCUGCCUCUUACCUCCCAAUGGAGGGUUUUUUUGUGGGAGUGGUCCCCGUCUGGGGGACCCCUCCAGCCAGUACUCCAGGUCUUCCUGUCCCCCACCCUCUGCCAUUUUGAUAGUAUAAUCUAUUUUUAAACUGGGCUUUUAGACGGGGAGAGGGGGCAUCUCUUCCUAUAUCUGAGAUGGGGUGGGUGGGAAGGAAGGGAUUUUGGGGGGGAAUCUUCCUGCCGCCCCCAAGUGUUUAUUUUUGAUACCACAUGUGUAUUUUCAGCUCCCUCCCUCCCAGCCCCCCAAUUUCCUGCGGGCGGGUACAAAGGACCCUUUAAGUGUCCCUGGAGUUGGGAGGGAGGAAUAAGAGGGCAUAAAGCCUGUCCUGUCUGAAUUCCAGGCUGGAGAGGGUGGGUUCAGAGGACUCCUGCGCUCACCGCCUGUCAGCACCGGUCCAGCCCAGGCCUGGGGCCCUGGGGGGUGGUGAUUUGGGGGACGGUGCUACGCCUGUCUCCACUGUUUGUUUUACUUCCCCCCAAAUGGCUUUUUUUUCUAAGAGUACCAGAGAAUGGGGAAUUGUUCCUGUAAAUAUAUAUUUUUAAAGGUGA